UUCAUCCAUAUGCACAAAAAUAAAUAAUUGAGAAAAGCCUCAGCAAUGACGUUUUCUCGUGGCCGCUCGGUUUCCUGCUUCAUCCUCGCUCUAUUCGCCGUCUUAAUCAAUCCGGCGAUCUCUUCACGUGCAUCAUCCUUCAUCAGGCUCCCUAGCUCUGACGAAUCUCCUGACGAAUCUCCCGACGAAUCUCAAGUCAUCGCUCACUGCGCGGCCUGGAGAUUGGCUGUGGAGACCGACAAUGCCGGCAAGUGGAAGGUGGUUCCGCGCGGAUGCGUUAGCUACGUUAAAAACUACUACAGCAGUGGCCAGUUCGACGCGGAUUACGACGUACUCGUUGUUUACAUCACCAACUACGCUAAAACGAUCAAGCUUGCCGGCAACGGCAAGGACGCAUGGGUCUUUGACAUCGAUGAGACGCUUCUCUCGAAUUUCGCGUACUACAAGGCUCAUGGUUACGGGUCUGAGCCGUACGACAAUACUCAAUUCUAUAGGUGGGUGGUAACAGGAAAAGCCCCAGCUUUUGAUGCGAGCUUGAGGCUUUACAAUGCUCUCAAGAAACUUGGUUUCACAAUCAUUCUGCUAACCGGCCGAGAUGAAAGUCAAAGGAGUAUUACUGAGAAAAAUCUCCUCUACGCCGGUUAUUCCGGUUGGAACCGACUCCUCUUGAGGGGUCCUGAAGAUCAAGGGAAAGCAGCAACACAGUACAAAUCAGAACAGAGAGAAAAAGUGGUUAAAGAAGGCUAUACAAUCCAUGGAAGUACAGGCGAUCAAUGGAGUGACUUGCAAGGUUUUGCCUUGGCCGCUCGUUCCUUCAAAGUCCCAAAUCCAUUGUACUACAUUCCUUGAUAAUCUGGCUAGUGAUAUUUUGCAUUGAGUUUUCGUGUUUCUGUUUGAAUAAGAAACUUAUCGUACCCUGUCCUUUUUUUGUGUUUAGUACGAUUGAGAGAAAAGGGGGGCCGAAUAAAGAAACCAAAUAAUUUUUAAGUAAAACUGUCGGCGUAAAUCAAGUAAUGUUA